AUGCAGCAGGUGCUGAGCGUGCAGGUUCGGGCGUCUAGAGCAGACUCCAAGAUCCUGCUUGCCGGACACGGGUGGCUCUGGGGCCGUAGAGGAUGGCGCGUGGCCAUUUUCCGCAGUGUGGAUUGGCGCUCGAGGGGCCAAUACGCCCAUGCCAUGGACCCCAUGCAGCACCUGGGCGCGCUAAACGUGGACAGCCGUGAGCAGCAGCGCAAGAACUGCUGCAUCGCGUGCAAGAUCGGCGACUUCAGGCUCAGCGCGGACGAGGAGCUGCGCGGCCGCCUACGACGCGAUGUCCAAGGUGGCGAAGGUGGCGCGCCAGGAGGCUCGCGCGUCAUCAUGCUCGUGCGCUUGCCGCUCAUAUCCGACGCGUCGUGCGCGUUCGACACGUUCUGCGAGAUGUUCGUGGCCAAGGACACCAACGCGUACCCCUACGGAUCGCAGCGGUUUUCUCCGUUCGCCAGCUUGUUGCAGGACAGGCUGCUCAGCGUGGCGGCUUUAAUCCUCUCGCUGGUGGUGGCGUCGCCCUUGCGCUUGAACUUGUCCCGCGACGACAGCGAGUGGCGGCGAAACUCCGAGUGGACCAACGGCGACGCCUCGCUGUCGCUGAGCGCCCCCAUGACGCUCCGCGUCGAUGCUCUUGUGCUCGGCGAGCACCCCUGUGUGCUGCUUCCAGCUUCAUAA